CAAAGAGGCUGGGAGCGCAGCGGAUUGUGUGCUAUAUACUAUGGGAUGGGUGAGGAAGAGAACAGAUAUACCUCUCAGCUCAAGGAUGUGUAUGACAGCUGUGAUGCUACAGGCACUGGGUAUUUGGACAAGGAGGAGCUGACUGAGCUGUGCCACAAACUACAUCUGGAAGGAGAGCUCCCCUUACUUCUGGAAACACUUUUGGGAAAUAAUCAGUUUACCCGAGUUAAUUUUGAAGAGUUUAAGGAAGGUUUUGUGACCAUAUUGUCUUCAACUAUCAAUCUUGGCCUUUCAGAUGAUGAGAGCAGCUAUCUGGAACCAGUUAUUCCAGAUGGAACUGAGCCCAAGUACAUCACUGAGGCCAAAGGGUAUGGCUGCCGGACAAGGCCAGAACUUGAAAGUGCCAUAUUGGAAACCCCCAAAUAUUUACAAGAGGAGCAGAGAAAUACAAAUGUAAAAAGUCAGCUGAGACGUUCAACUUCUUUGGAGAGUGUGGAGAGUCUCAAAUCAGAUGAAGAGGCUGAAAAUUCAAAAGAAGAGCAGCAGCAGAUGUUCGAAGGCCAAGGUCAAUUGUGUACCUGGGAUGAUAACCUCAUUGACAAUCCUAGAGAAGUGUCCACCUUGUGUUUGAACAUAACUGAGAAUCAGAUUAGGGUUACUUGUGAAGAUCUUGGCAUUGGAAAUAAUGGAUAUCUCAACAAACAAGAGCUGUAUGCUGUGUGUAAGAACAUUGGACUCAAGGAGAUGGAAAAAGAGGAACUUGAAGAAUUAUUUUACAAGUUGGAUAGUGAUGGAGAUGGCAGAGUAAGCUUAAAGGAAUUCCAGCAUGGCUUAUUCAGCCAUAUCUGCAUUCCUUGUCCUUUUUCUUCCACACCACUUAAAUCAAAAAGGCAAAGAUCACACCCUAAUCAGAUUUUGAAAGACAAUGGACAACAAACCACAACUCCAUCUUUUUUAUCUAACUCAGCGGCUUUGAAUCUUUUCUCCAGCAUUAACGAUGGCAGUGGUUUUGCAAGUGUGGAGCAAGUUGUCUCCAUCUGGGCCUGGGAAGGGGUUGAAAACUGCAAAGAGAUUUUUAAGAGUCUUGAUUUUAAUGUGGAGGAACGAGUAAACCUUCUAGAGCUCUCUAUGAUCCUUGAUGAUGAAUUAAUUGCUUCCAAGAAUGGACUUCAGCAGGCAGCUGUUGCCUCUUAUAAGCAUGAACUUCAUCAUCUACAAACACAACUGGAACGGAUUUUCAGUGAGAGAAAUAAAGCAAGAGCUGAUCUGGAAAAGACUAAAAAGAGAAAUUGGCAGCUUUUUAAGGAAGUAGAUGAUAAUCAUAGUGCUCUGGAGCAUCACAAUGAGAGUAAACUCAGAGCUCUUGAGCGAGAUUUCAAAGGGAAACUAAUGGCAAUAAAAUCUGAAGUCAAGAUGGAACAGGAAUUGCUCAUGCAACAAAUGCACCAUCAGAGAACCAGGUUAGAAGCAGAUUUCAGGUACCUUCAAGAGGAGGACUGUAUCCUAAGGAAGAAGCUGACUUUGAUGAUCAAGGAAAAUAGUCGCUUACAGAAUGAAGUUGCUGAAGUGGUUCAAAAACUGAGUGAAUCUGAAAAUCAAGUUCUGAAACUUCAAAGAGAUCUUAAUUUUAUUUUGAAAGACAAGGUGGGAUUACUGGAUCCAUACAGUACAGAGCUAUUUGAUCAAGAAGCACGCUUUGCUGAAAUCAUUCAGGAGUAUGAACUGCAAUGUCGGGAACUGCAUGACAAGAAUGAUGAGCUGCAGAUGGAGGUGGAAAAACUGAGAUCCCUGCUGCUGCAUGCAAAGAAGGCUAACCUAGCAUGCUGCAAAAUGAAGACCGCCAACACUGGAGAAAGGCCCUUGCCUGGAAAUGAAAAAGCUAACAUUAGAGACAACAUUGAAAAGGAUGAUCAUUUUCUUGGAUACCAGCACCUACCAACCACAGGCCAAAAUGAUGACACUUUCAUAUCAUCUGAACCCUAUUCAGUAAAUAUAGAAACAGAACUUCUGGUGGAAGAGUUAAAAGAACAGAAUCAAACUAUGAAAACAGAGCUAGAAACUAAGGUCAAUUACUAUGAAUGGGAAAUAGAACUAUUAAAAAAUAAUUUUGAGAAAGAAAGGAAGGACAUUGAGCAAAGUUUCAAGAUCAAGAUUAGUGAAUUGGAAGAACAAAAGAAUGCCUUGGAAGAACUGAAUGUGAAAUGCCAGGAAGUGAUUGAUGGUUUGAAAAGCCAAGUUCAGAAGCUGGAUCCUAUCCAAGAAAUGAAGAGAUUUGAGAAGGAGAGGGCAGAAAUAGAGCAGUGCUAUGCUAAAGAAAUUUCAAACUUAGGCCAGAGGCUGGCCCAGGAAAGGGAAAGAUUGGAAGAUGACUUGAAGAUGAAGCAUGAAAUGGAGAUACAUUUUAUGAGAAAGCACAUUGAUGAAUUGAAAAUGGAAAAAGAGAAGAUGAUGUAUGAAAUAAAAGAAUCAAAUGACUUGAACAAAUGCUACAAAGAGGACAUCUUACAGCUGAACACUAGGACUGCUCAGCUAAACCAUGAAUUUGUUGAAUUAAGCAGCAAGAAUAAAGCCGGUCAGAAAACAAUCAAGAUACUGAAUCAGAGGUUUGUUGAAUUGGAGAGACAAAAAGAACAAGAAGCUAUGAUAAUAGCCAAGCAAUUUCGGGAGGCCUCUGCUGAGCUGAAAAAGGAGCAUUUUCAGCAAGAGUUGACAUGGCAAGGCGAAAAGGACAUGCUAGAUCAAGACCUGAAAUCAAUGAAGGAAAAGUUGUUAGAAGCUAACACCAGAUUAAACCAAGCUGAGUCUCAGCACGCCCAUGAAUUGCAACAACUAAAAACCCAGAUGGACAAUACAGUACCUAAAGAUCAUCUUGUUGAGCUUGAAACCAGAUUGGCAGAAGAACAGAAAACAGUCAGAAAGUUGCAAGGAGAUCUAGACUUACAGGCAGAACAAAUGAAAUGGCAACUGGCUAUUUAUCAAGAAGAAUAUGAAAACUCACAUAGAUUAAUGGAGGAGAAGUUGGGGGAGGUAGAAAUGAAUUUGAAGAAUACACAAAUGUUGCUUCAGGAGAAGAUGUCUCAACUUAAGGAACAAUUUGAAAAACAUGCCAAGUCUAAUCUAUUGCUGAAGGACCUGUAUGUGAAGAAUGCACAUCUGAUGAAAAUACUGCAAGUUACAGAACAGAUGCAGAAGAGCACAGAAAAUAGGAACUUAAUUCUAGAAGAAAAAAUUUCAUCCCUCAAUAAGCUAGUUGGAGAAAUCACAUUUGCAUCUCAAUGAAUUAUUCAUUUAAAUGAAUCAGUUUCCAUGAAGCUGUUUUAAGUGGCAACCAGUAGUAAAGACAUUAAUUGGUCAAGUUUGUUCUACAUAUUUCAGACUGAAUACAAAAAACUAUUCAUUUCUCAUGGACAGCACUCUAUGAGAUAUCCACCACUUCAGAAUAGGGAAAAUA